AUGCAUUUCCUCUCUUUGCUCCCUCUACUGGGCCUCGCAGCCGCGGCGCCCCUUACCUCGGACUCUGCGCCGAGCAAGUUAUCUUCGCUCGACCCAUCGACUGGGAAGCCGAUCACUUCGCCUUCAAACCGCAACUCCACCUUCAGGACUUUGUCCACUCAGGCAGCUUCUUCGAGCUGGUGGUACGCGGCUCUCGAUCACUCCACUGGCGCUGUGCGUGACUACGUCCCAAACUUGUAUACUGGCAUGAACCCGGACUACGACUACCCCACAUACAUCGCCGUGACAGACGCCGCAGGCCUCCGCAGUGCAAUCUACUCCAACGGGCCAAAUGGUCAGAGAUACAAUGGCUGGCUUGCAGGUCAGCCUCGCACCAUUUACGUCGCGCCUGGCACAUACACUCUGAGCGAGACACUUUACAUGGACACAGAUACCGUGAUCAUCGGUGAUGCGGCCAACCCUCCUACCAUCAAGGCAUCAUCAAACUUCAACGGGCAAGAGUUCAUCGUUGCUGGAGUUGGCGGCGAUGGCUACGCCAAGGGAGAACAGGGCGAGCUGAAAUUUUCCUUGAUGAUCAAGAACUUGAUCCUGGACACUACUGCCAAUGCUGGMAAUAAGAACUUUCGCGCACUCAGCUGGAGAGUUGCUCAGAACUCAGCUCUAGUYAACAUGCWGAUUAAUAUGCCCCAAGGCGCACACACUGGUAUAUCGAUGGGCCAAGGGUCCACGAUCCAGGCUGGCGAUGUGCGCUUCUCGUAUGGCUCCGUUGGACUUCACUAUGCCGGUCAUCAGCAAGCGUCUCUUAAGAACUUGCAGUUCUCGCGAUGCUCCACGGGAAUUCUGAUCGACAGCGGAGAGACUGUUAGCAUCUUUGCGCCUACCUUCGACACUGUUGGCAACUCCAUCGUCUUCAACUCAGGCGCUCCCUGGGUAUCGGUCAUUGAUGCCGUCUCCAAGAACUCUGGUACUUUCUUCACCAGCAAUGUCGGUUACCCCAACUUCAUGCUUGAGAACAUCUCCAAGGACACAACCGAUACUCCAAUGGUCGUAGUGAACAAAGUCACCAAGAUUGGCGGGCAAACUAAGGUUGGAACCUACGUCUAUGGUAACACAUAUGGCGCGAGCCCCACCUACCAAGACAACCCAUCCAUUGAUGCCCUGUCAAGGCCGUCUAUUCUGGCUCCGGGUGGCAAAUACCCGGUCUCUUCGGCUCCUCAAUACGCCAGCGCCACUAUCAACGACGUGAUUAACCUGAAGGACAAGAACCAGAACGGUGGCCAGACCAUCGCUGGCAACGGCCAAGCCAACGACGGUCCCGGCCUCCAGAUUGCCUUGAACACCGCGGCCUCCCAGGGCAAGAUUGCUUACCUGCCCUACGGUACAUACAGAACCGAAGUGACCAUUACCAUUCCAUCARGCACUCGGCUGGUUGGCAACGGCUGGAGUACGAUUGCGGGUGCAGGUGAUCUUUUCAAGAGCAUUGGCAACCYUAAGCCCAUUGUCAAGAUUGGAAACAGUGGAGAUGUUGGCAAGGUCGACAUCCAAGAUAUGCGUUUCACCAUUGCAGAGCAGCUGCCUGGAGCCAUUGUUCUCGAAGUCAACAUGAAGGGCAACAGCCCUGGCGAUGUGGCAAUCCACAACUCCAUGAUCACCAUUGGCGGAACCCGUGACACUACACUGAACUGUGGGACCGAGGCGCAGUGCAAAGCAGCGUAUCUUGGCAUGCAUUUGACCGCUACCUCUUCGGCCUACAUUGACAAUGUUUGGGCAUGGGUUGCAGACCACAACAGCGAUAACGACGACGGUAACAGCAACAAGGACAUCCGCGCUGCUGUCAAAGGUGGAGUGCUUGUAGAGUCGACUCAAGGCACCUGGAUCGUGGGUCUUGGAAGCGAACACUUCUGGCUCUACCAAUUGGCCUACAACAACGCCAAGAACGUUUUCGUUUCUUUCUUCCAGUCGGAAACAAACUACCACCAGGGAAGCCGGGCAGACAUCGUGCCACCAGGACCGUUCAAUGACGAUCUCACCGACUCCGACCCGACCUUUUCUUACUGCUCAGGCCAGGUGCAGUGUCCCAUGGGUCCAGCUCAGUACUUCAACKGUGGCAGCAACAUCUACAGCUAUGCUUCCGGAAGCUGGAACUUUUAUGGUGGACUGCAGGCUUCUAUGAACGUUAUCAACAAGGCUGUUAGCAAUCUUCGUCUUUAUGGCUUGUGUGACCACACUGACGACAAGAGGGAGAAUGGAGGUCACUAUGUGAUGAGGCUGCCGGACGGAACCAGAUUUGGGGAUGGAAGCAAUGAUGGAUAUGGCGGUAGCUGGGGGUCACUUGUGGCGAAGUAUACUUCUUAA